AUGGCACCCGCAACCCCCACCACCAAGAAAGGCAAAGGCCGCAAGAAGCCCGAACCCAAACCCUCCACCCCUGAACCCCCGAUGGAGCCCGAAGUCCCAUACCCCCAAAUCCCCGAAACCCAUCUCGGUGGCCCCGACACCCCCGACCCGGGCCCCUGGGCCACCCACAUCCGCGAAUUCGCCUGGACCUGCGAACCCAAACGCACCGCCCCGGCAACCCUCUCCACCUGCCAGAUCCUGCGCCUGCUCACCAGCAAGCGCGAGCCGCACGUGCGGCGGCUCUGCGGGCAGGACCUGCACGUCAAAAUCAGCAGCCGGACGGAGAACGUCGAGGCCGCGCUGGCGCAGGUUAGUGGGGAGGAGGCGGGCACCCCGUGCGAGCGGUGCCAAGCCGGGCUGGGGCCCUGGGUGAGCUGUGUUGUUGCGGAGGAGUUUGGAGGAGGCUGUGCGAAUUGGGAGCUGCCUGUGGGGGUGUGCUCGGAGCUCCGGUCUAUAGAUGGUUUUGGCUCUGCUCCCUCCGGGGGAAAGACGGAGGUUAAUGGGUUCCAUGGUGUUAGCGGGAGCAGGGUUAUGAAGGGCAGGACUGGUGGCUCGCAGGUUGAUGGUCAUCGGCUGCAGAAGCUGCGGUUGUCGUUGGCUAGUAUGGAGGAUGUGUUGUAUGAGAUUGCCAUGGGGCUGGAUUCUGCUGGAGAGUUGCGGCCGGAGAAUGCCUGGAAGAAGGAGGGCAAUGGGGAAGAGGAUUUAAAGACGCCGGUGGUGGGUGAGGAAGCCAAGAAGGAGGUAGCGUUAGAGGAGGAGGAGACUGAUUCUUAG